AUGACAAUUCGUGAUAAAAUUGCGUUUGGGGAUUACUUUAUUACAUCUGAUCGUUUCAGAGUCGCCGCAAUAGACUUCGAACAAGCUUUGGCAAUGAAGUUCACCAAGGGGCGUGGCCACAUCAUUCCAAGACAUAAGUUCGACCAGGUACGUUUCGUAGCUGGUAUUCUAAAGACCCGUGGCACUGAACCAAUACACGAUGACAUUGAACAAUGGCGAAAGCUGGAACGCGUGUAUACGCAGAAAUUCUACAGAUUUCCCGCCUUCAACCUUGCUGUUGUUGUACUAACUAAACCCUGGGUUUUUAAUACAUACGUUAAUAAAAUACCGUAUGCCACCAAAGAACAAGAUUUUGAUGGAGUUUGUACGGCAACCGCUGUAAAGGCUACCAGAAGCUGGUCUACAAUUAAAUAUUUAUACACCCAAGAGGUUGAAAUGGUGCCGAGAGAAGAAUGCGAAAAGAUCCUGUGUAGAAGUUGCAGACUUUUUAUGUGCACUGUAUUCAAUAACAGGAAUCAAUAUGCAUACUCCGACAGCAAACGAGCUGACGUAUCGCCUGAUGGGCAAUUAGCGCCACCCGUGGACAUCCGCAACAACGGAAGGGUUAAGAGUGCGUUGGCGACAUUUUGGGGAUAA